AUGCAUCGCCAAAGACCUAGAAGGAAUAGAGUUACGACAUGUCUUAUACUCGUGUUGUGCUUUCUUUUAAUAAAAAAUCUAACAGACAUAGUAAUAUCACAAAAACAAGCACAUAACCACGAGGUGCCGCUGAACACCAAAGAGGAGCUACAUGUUAACAAUAAAAAGGACCACUACGACUACCGCAUCUUUGUGUUCACAUAUGCAAGGCCAGAAGGACUUCGCGUGACGCUGUCAUCUAUACUGAACUCAGACUACUCCAAGGCUCGUGGCAGCACAAUUGACCUGGAGGUGUUUGUGGACUAUAGGCGUGACGAUGGGGAGUCCAUAAAGAAUAAGCAGGCUGAAAUCCUUGAUAUUCUC